AUGGAGCGCUCGCAAGCACAACAACACAUGGAAUCGGUUUCAGGUGAUGCGCCCAAAAAGCCGCCGCGGUUGAAAGCCAGCAACGCUGACAGGCGCGUGUUGAGUAACGCAAGCGCAGAACACAAGGGUGCGGUGUUGAGUAUGGACAAGCCGGGUAACGGUAAACUUAAGAAGCGUCUACAAUUCCAAAGUCCGUUAUUAAUGACAGCGUCAACUACUGCACCGUACUGUUCAGAAUCUGCAGUGUCGACGCGAUCAACACAUGGUAUUGCCAGCGAAACUAUUCAAGAAGACUACAGGCAUACCGGCAUGCAUGCCAAAAAGCACACCAGCAACAUAAAGAAAGUAAGAACAACAACGCCAACGGUUAGUGCUAGUGCGACAGCUUCCACUGCAACGCCUAUAUUUCCGGCGAGAUCGACUUCGACAUCGACACCGUCGGCUAUAAAAAAUGUCUACGCGUUGACAGCUCGCCAAACGACAGCUGCUGCACCGAAAACACUGACAGCAACAACAACGGCGACAGAUGUAUGCGACAUCAAGGUUGGCGAGGGCGUUGAUGAAGGCGGCGCGCAAAUCCGCUUGGCGCGCGGCUGCACAAGUCUUAUGUAUGCAUGUCAACAUGGCGACAUUGCCGAAGUUUUGGCACAGCUGCGCUCGCGGCCGGAACGCAUACGUCAACGUGACAGUCGCAACAAAAACGCACUACACUAUUGUGCCGCGCAAAACGCAGAGACACGUGAACUCGUGGCGGCUGCCAGCAUCGCCGUCGCAGCUCCAGAGUUGCUGGAGUCUGCCGACGAGGAUGGCUUUACGCCGCUUCACUUGGCUGUUAUUCAGGGCAACUUGGCGAUGGUCAAUUUGCUGCUGGCGAAUAAAGCCGACGUGAAUGCGGUCGAUAACGAGGGCCACUCUGUGGUGCAUUGGGCGACGGUUUGCGGUGAAGUGGAGGCUUUACGUUCGGUGCUGGCGGCUGGUGCGAAUAUUGCGAUUCCCGAUUUGAACGGUGGCACGCCACUACAUUAUGCGGCGCAGAUGUGUGGCGCCAGUGUUGACAACAAAGUGGGUCAGGCUAAUGCCACUAAGCUGGCGUUGGAGAUACUCGGCAUUCUGCUAACUCACCCGCAUUCCAGUGUUGACGUACAGGACAAAGACGGACGUCAGCCCUUAUUAUGGGCCGCCUCGGCGGGUUCCGCGAAGGCUGUCAUUGCUCUGGUGAAGGCUAGUGCACGUGUUGAAAGUGCAGAUAAAGAUGGCUUGACGGCGCUACAUUGCGCGGCCUCACGUGGGCACACCGAAUGCCUUGACACUUUGAUAAGUCUUUGUGGCGCCCCAACAGACCUGAUUGAUUCGAACGGCUGUACGGCACUGCAUUACGCCGUGACACUAGGACAUGCAGAUGCCACCGCACGUUUGCUCGAUUUAGAAGCUGAUCCGAAUCGACAAGACCGCAAGGGACGCACACCGGCGCACUGUGGCUGUGCGAAGGGCCAAUUCGAAACGGUUAAACUGCUGAAGGAGCGUGGCGCUAAUUUAUGGUUGCGCAAUGCUAAAGGCGACUUACCGGUGCAUGAAGCAAGCUCAUCGGGCAGACGUGAGCUCGUCGAGUGGCUGUUGGAACAGCGACCCAAGCAGGUUAAUACCACAAGUAAUGACGGACGCAGUCUCCUACAUAUUGCUGCGAGUAAUGAUUACACCGAUGUGUGUAAAAGGCUGCUGGACUAUGGUGGCGAUAUCAAUGCCAUAUAUCGCAGCAGCAAAGGGAUGGUCUUCACACCACUCGACAGCGCAUUGCAAAAGGGCCAUCGCGCAACUGCCAAAUUUCUGCAGUCGCAUGGCGGUUUGCCAGCGAGUAAACUGCGCUUGGCAGCACGACGGUCGAAUCCAUUUAACGAGGUUAGCAGCGAUAUGGUGCGUCCGUUGCGAUAUGUGGAAAAAGAAGAGCUGCAUGAUUUACAAAAUUCCAAAAAAUAUGUUGUCUACCUGAAACACUCGGACUCGGAUGGUGCUGGUGGCGAGGGCGAUAGCAACUGUAGCUGCCACGAACAAACUUAUCGCAGAGAACAAAAGUUUGCGCACACAUGUCGGCGUCAUCAGCACAAUCGUCGGCGGCAAAGUCGACGACGCACCAGCAGUUGUGGUGAGCCGAAAGAUUGUCACCAUCAUGAUAGCGGGGAAGUUGAUAUUUGUCGAUCUAAAAGUAAUAUUGAGAUAAGGCGUCGAAAAUCACGCGAACGUUAUACUAGCUCAAGCGAAUGGGAGGAUAAAGCCGACGAAGACAAUGACGACGACGAAGAUUCUUGUGAGAAUUGUUGCUAUCACAAGCGGCAAAAACAACGUGUUAUACGAAGGAAGUCCAUAACAUCACGUCGUUCGAAAGAGCGCGAUGGACGAGAACGUGGCAGUGAAAAAGAGUCAUCACCGGAGAAAAGUAAAGUAAGAGAGGUUGAAGUGGUACGAGAACGCGAGGAAAAUGCGCCAGAAACGAAGACGGAAUCAGCAACACAGCCGAGUGAUGGUAAAGAAGAGGAUAAAGAAAGGGAUAGCCGUCCACAAUCGGCUACUAUGCGCUCAGCAGCAAAUACGCCGGGUAUCACAGCAAAGGAAGCAACAUUUAUUAAGUCCACGGAUCAAACUGAAACACAAUCUAUGGAGUUGACGGAUGAAGAUGAUAAACUAGCAGCUGAGCUAGUAACUACACAAGUAGAUGUGCAUCAUGAAGCAGACCCUGCUCCUAUGCAGCCGCAAAUAGAGCCCGCAGAAAAGACACAAACUGAGGAGGUUCAUGAUGAGUCGGAAGAUAUGACCACGUUGGCAGAUGAGAUGAGAAAAGAAGUGGAUCAAGUGAUGAAAAUAGCUGCGUUGGCACUUGAAAGCGAUGCGACGAAUGAUGAAAAUAGCAAACAGAUUGAAGAGCAAAAUGGAAGGCCGGUGGAUGCGGAUGAUAAAGAAUUUACAGAAGAAGCAGCGGACACCGCGGAAACCAAUGUUAUGAAAGUUGAUGCACUAUCUACCGCACAACCUGAUCAAGCCACAAAAAUUGUACCUAAUUUAACGGAAACUCCAGCAACGCCAAUACCAACACCAUUGCCAAGUCCCAUACCUGUAGCAACAGCUGAAGAGCCACCUAUUUCAGCUGCUGCGACCACUACGCCAACUCAAACUGCUGAUCCACCGUCCAAAGUUGUUGAAACCAAGUCAUCGGAAGCUUCAGAUGCACCAGAUGACACUGCAGCGGUAGCGACAGCUCCAAUUCAAAACAAUGACUCAUCUGAUGUAGCAGAAACUCCUAAAAUCACCCCAACUGCUGCAGUUACUUCCGAAGAAAAGCCCGCCGCAGAACCAAGCUCACUUCCGUCUAACACUACUUCCGCUCAGCAGUCGCCAAAAAUCGAAGCACAAAAACUGCCGCAUGAACAAGAACCCCGGCGAUCAUUUACCUUAUUGCCAUCUGAUUCAGCCGAAGAUGACGGCACCGAAGAAGUCGUGCGCAAAUCAAGCUUCCAAAUUUUGAAAAGUGAUGAUUCCGGUGGCGAAAGUGCGCGACAUCCAGAUGAGCUUGAACUCAGCGAUACGCAAGUCUUCAAAAUUGUUUCCGAACCACAAAUGCGCUUGGGUAAGCCAUACCCGGAAACGGAAGCAAGCUCAGUGGACGACGAACAUAGACAAGCUGUUGCCAUCGAUUAUGAACAAGAUGAUGAUCAUAUAAAUGAGGAGUACGAUAACGAUGAGCAUAAGAAAAGUAAAGCAGGUGUGCUUAACCGUCAUGUCGUGGGAAACGCCGAGGGUCCAUUGCCCAACAGCGCUGUUCUCGGCGUCUACGAUUAUUCGAACGGACGUAAACGUCGUUUAAAAAAGCGAGUGCGUAGUGGCCCAAAAACGCGUAGUAAUUGGAAAACUAAGGCAGAUAUUACGGAUGGAGAUGACGAGCAGACGGGCAGCUAUGCGCACGCUACACAAUCCAGCAAAGAUCACGAUUCCGGUUUCGAGCCAAGUCCACGUGCUUCAAAGAGUAAAAUACCGACACCGCGCAAUAUAUACACGGCACAUGUGCCGCGACGUCACAUCUACGCCACGCUCGAUGGUCGCUCGUGCAGCAGCCGUGUGGAGGGGCGCAAGCCCGGCGAUCGCGGUACUUGCGAUAUGUCAGCAGUAACGCGCUCCAUACAACGCAACAUCCGAAGGUAUUACAUGGAGCGCAAGAUCUUUCAACACCUGCUGGAAUUGAAGUCCCUGCAAAUACGCUCCACCAAAUUGAACGAAGCUGUGCUGGUGAAGCGCGCCGUUGACGAUUACCACAAAUCAUGUGCAACUCUGGGUGGUGAGACGGGCACACGCUUGCGGCGCUAUCCAUUCAGCGAGUACACAUUCAAAAAUUUCGAGUUGUUCCUCUACGAGACACUGAAGGCACUCCAAAAGCCGGGCACCUAUAAUUUCCAGAACAUCAACGAGGUUUACGAGGAGGCGGAACGCCGUUUGAGUCCCGACUACAACGCUUACGAGAAGGCGCUCCAGUGCACCACCAAGACCCACCGCUGCCUGCAUGCUGCCCACGCCUACACUGGCAUACCGUGCGCCGCUUACAUACCCAUGAUGAACCAUCACACGAUGCCGAAAUUCGGCUUUGGCUCGUACAAGAAGACCGGUGUGGGGAGUUUCUAUCUGCCAAAGAUACUCACCAGUGGCGGUUGUGGCGGAACAAGUGGCAGUGGCGGUUGUGGUGGCGGCAAAGUUGCGCUGGAGCUAUCGCAUGGCAAGAGCAAACAACUUAUUUCACUGCCCUCGGACAAGUUGGACAGUAAUAAACGGUACUACGUCACAUUCACCGUGAAGGAGUCGGGCGGCGGCGGUGGCGGUGCAGCGGCGAUGGGCGCCACAACUGCGGCAGGUUGUAGUGGUGGUAAUGGAAUGGAUAGCGCCGGUAUUGCAGCCGAUAAACAGGCAACUGGCGGAUGUUGCGGUGGCAACGAUGCAACCGGAAAGUAAAACAACAAAACAAGCACCCCAGCGCUUGCUGUUCGCUAUCUACUUCAGUAGCCACGCACUUCUACAUCAGCCGGACAAGUUAAUAACAAACGGAAAUCAAAUGCAAUAAUGUCGUGUGCACUUCCGCCGCACGCGCGUUGCACGUUGGUGGCUAGCAGCGGAGCGCGUUGAGUAGAAGCAUGAGAGAGAGUGAUUGCGGUGGCGGGUUGUGUGUGUUGUGCGGGGCGAACAUGUCAUGCUCGGGAAAGCGCUAAGCGGCGCUGCGUAGAAACUUUAUUAUUUGAUAGCUGCAAUCGCGCAACAACACACACAUACAUAAAUAUAUAUAUACACAUAAUACACAUAAAUAUACUUAUAUAUAUAUAUAUAUAUAUAUGGAAGAACAGGGGGAAUGUAGUGAGCAGCGCGGU